UAAACACAAAAACGAUAUAAAGAAAAAAAAUCGAUAAGUUACAAAAAAAUUGUUAAUUUAAUAGAUAUAUGCUUGCAAUGAAAUGUCUUUAAGUGGAAAAGAAGUUAGCUUUAUAUUUCCAAAAAGCGGUAAUUUGUUCUAUGAAAAAAGAAAAGACGAAUAUCAAUUUUGUAAGCCUCAUUUGAUGUCAAUAAGGUCCUACACUUUAGAAAAAUUGGAAAAAAUGCAAUUAGAAGCACAAAAGUUGAUGCAAGCUAAAGAAACAGAAUCAAAGUAGGCAAAAGACUAAAAGAAAACAUCAACAGUGAAAAAAGUUUCAACAAGAGAUAAGAACACAAAGAACUACACUUGUCAUCAGUUUAAAAAAAUGUACUUACUCGCUAUUGCCAUAUUUUUCGCUUUUGCACUUAGUAUUGGCUUUCUUUGGAGAUAUGGCAACAUUCCAAGACAACAUCCUUUAGUAUCGGUGUCUGUUGUUGUCGCCUGGUCAUUUUCAUUCCUCAUAGUCUUUACAAUUCCUCUUGAUAUAACUGGGACGGCUUAUCGACAAUGUACUGCAGCUGCAAAAAACGCAACAAAUAAUACGAAUCACGAAGAAAUUUGUAAACCACCAUGGGGUAUGGUGUCUGAUGACAUUUUUCCAACCUUAUGGAAAAUUAUUUACUGGAGUUCUCAAUUCUUAACGUGGAUUAUAAUGCCCUUAAUGCAGAGUUAUUUGAAAGCUGGUGACUUUAAUAUACGUGGAAAACUUCGUUCAGCUUUGAUUGACAAUGCAAUUUAUUAUGGAACCUAUUUAUUCAUUUGUGGAUUUCUUCUGAUAUACAUUGCACUCAAACCUGGCGUAUAUUUGGACUGGCAAAAACUUAAAGCUAUAGCUUCAUCAGCUAGUAACACAUGGGGUUUAUUUUUACUAGUUUUGCUAUUAGGGUAUGCCUUAGUAGAAGUACCUAGAAGCCUCCUUAACAAUUCCAAAGUUGGAUACACUUUACAGCAUGCAUACUUUAAACUUUCAAAAUUGAGUUCAGAUAAGGCAGAAGCAGAAGAGAAUACUGAAGAUGUUUUGGAAUCGUUGCAAUCUCUCAAUUUAUUAAUUCCUUCACACCAUCAACUUCGUCAAUGUGUCGAAGAAAUAUUAAGAAGAGUGCCACCAGAAUUAAUGGAAAAAGCUAAGCGUUCAGUUCGCUCUGAUGGUGGAUCCUCAGCAUCAGUUCCUUCAGAAAAAGCACUGAUUCGUCUCCAUAAGCAAGUAAUUAAAUCGUUACAAAUUCUUCAACGUACUGAAGCAUUGUGGAAUGUUCAAGUAGAGAAGAUUCUGUAUUUGGAAGAUGUUGAAAUGAAUUAUUUAUCAUCACCGCCAUUCAGACACGAAUUAAGUGCUAAAAGAGUAUGCCCAUCAGCUUAUUCUCUAUGGUACUGGGAAUGUGUCAUAAAAUCGCCAUUUUUAAAAAUACUUGCCGGAAUAACUGCAGUUCUAUCGAUUAUUGUAGUUUGGAGUGAACUAACGUUCUUUAGUACACAGCCAGUAUUAUCAAUUUUUGCAAACAUUCUCUAUUUAGCAGAAAAAAGUUAUGAUUUUGUAACAAUAGAAAUUUUCUCAAUGGCUACCCUAUGCUAUCUCUGCUACUGUGCAUAUUCAACAAUAUUCCGGAUUAAGUUUUUGAACCUUUAUUAUUUGGCUCCACAUCAUCAAACCAAUGAGCAUAGUUUAAUAUUUAGUGGAAUGCUUCUUUGUCGCUUAACUCCUCCAAUGUGUUUAAAUUUUCUCGGAUUAAUGCAUAUGGAUUCUCAUGUAAUAAAACAGAGAAUACAAGAGACAUACUACACUCAAAUUAUGGGACAUAUGGAUGUACUAGGUGUAAUUGCAAAUGGAUUCAAUAUUUAUUUCCCCAUGUUAAUGGUGGCAAUUUGUGCUGCAACCUGGUUUUCUCUUGGAUCAAGAAUCUUAAACACUCUUGGUUUUCAACAAUUUAUGGUAAACGAUGAAAUUUCUUUGGAACUUGUACAAGAAGGUAGAGACUUAAUGAUAAGAGAAAAGCGCAAAAGACAGAGGAUUGAUGCAGGAUCAAGACGAAAAGAUUUUAAUUUUCGAGAAACAUUUAGUGAUCGGGGUGCAUUGAGAGAUGGAUCAACUAGCAAUUUUGAUUACAAUACCACUAACACAGGCAUCGAUGACAUUACCUAUGAUCAAGGAAGAACAUUGUCUCAAGAAAUUAAUGAACGAUUUGGAGUUUCUACUGAUAUCAAUUUUCGACCAGACGAUGAUAACUUUAGACCUAAAAAUAUUUUCGAUGAUGUUUAAAAUGUGUAAUGAGAUAAGCAGAAUGUGCAUAUUAUUUAAAAGGAAAACUGGACAAAUAACAAUUUCACAACACAUACAGUUAUAGACAAACAAUAAAGUCAUGUUUAUUGUCGAACUAGUAAAAUUAUUAGAAUUGUAUUAAUUUACCAGAAUGGUGGAAAUUUUCUUACUUGCUUCGACUAACCAUUGAUUCAUCUGAGCUUGAACAUUGUUAUGAUUUAAAGAUAAUAGAAUUGUAUGCAAAAUAUAAUGCUCAUGUACUAUUCAAUUUAACGAUUAUUUCUAAGAAUAAAUUUUCACGCAAUUAUGUUUCUUUUUUUUAUAAUUCCAUGAAAUGAAAAUUUUAAUUUAUAUUCAUGAAAAAAAGACAAAU